AUUCCUUUUUUACUUGACUUGUUUCAGCACCACAAUUAUUCAGUCUUCGGAGAUUAUGUUCACUUCUAACUUCUCCCCCCACUUUAUGUAACUGUCUGUCACUAUCAGUUAGCAACACUUUGCUAUUUCUCCUUUGCUACUACUAGACUACUACUUUAUUUCCUUCUAAGUUGUAUCUAUCUUCAUUUGCUGCAUGAAGUAAUCUUGCUAAGAGGAUAAAACAUGUGUUGCCUUCAAAUUGAUUGGUAAAAGUCUCAGAUGGGUUUCCCUGCAAACUUAUUGGAGCUUAUCUACUUGAAAAUACAUUGAAUAAGCUCCAAUAAGUGUUUUCUGGUUUGCAUCCAAAAAGGUACUAACAUAGUUAGUUACCUGUAGCUGGGUUUAGUUACACCUCACUCUUGAGUUAGAAAAAGAGCUCUUUUUGAAGCAUCAUUGGUUAAAAUCUGUGUAGGGUUUGAGUCAAUUGAGUCAGGCAAAGAUGGGGUUUGAACCAGUGGUUUGGUAUUGCCAGCCAGAAGCAAACAGUGUUUGGGGUAAAAUGGUGGAUAGUGCUUUUGGGUCAUAUACACCUUGUGCAAUUAACACUCUUGUUAUCUCCAUCUCCAAUUUGGCUCUGAUGGGCCUGUGCUUGUGUCGAAUAUGGCUUACCAUAAGCAAUGCAAAAGCUCAGAGGUUUUGUUUGAAAUCAAAUUACUAUAACUAUGUUCUGGGAAUGUUAGCUGGUUAUUGUGCUGCUCAGCCUUUGUUGAGAUUAUUUACUGGAAUUUCAGCCUUCAACCUGAAUGGGGAAACUGGCUUUGCUCCUUUUGAGAUAACAGCUCUGAUCAUUGAAUCACUAACUUGGUGCUCAAUGAUAAUUCUCAUCCUCAUGGAAACCAAGGUUUAUAUCCGGCAAUUUAGAUGGUGGGUGCGGUGUGGAGUUAUUUAUGUUUGGGUAGGAGAUAUUGUAAUGCUUAACCUUCUUCUGUCCGUGAAAGAUUCCUGCAGCAGAUCUGCUCUGUUUCUCUAUAUUAGCACUGUUAUCUGCCAGGUGUUGUUUGGUACCUUGCUUCUUGUUUACAUUCCUAAAUUGGUUCCUUAUUCUGGAUCUGAUCAUGUAACAAUGUACGCUGAGCUACCUGACAAUGGUGAAUAUGAACCACUUUGUGGAGAAGAUCAAGUUUGCCCUGAGAUGCGUGCCAAUCUAUUCUCUAGAUUGUGUUUUGGAUGGAUAACUCCACUCAUGCAACAAGGAUACAAAAAACCCGUCACUGAGAAGGAUGUUUGGAAGCUAGACAAAUGGGAUCAAACAGAGACAUUAACUGAAAAGUUCCGAAGAUGUUGGAUGUUAGAAUUUCAAAGCUCUAACCCUUGGCUUUUAAGAGCAUUGAACAACAGCCUGGGAAAAAGGUUUUGGUGGGGAGGCUUCUGUAAGAUUGGAAAUGAUCUUUCUCAGUUUGUGGGGCCUGUUUUGCUGAACCAUCUUUUAGAUUCGAUGCAAAAUGGAGAUCCAACUUGGAUUGGUUACGUCUACGCCUUCUCCAUAUUUGUUGGAGUGUCAGCUGGUGUUCUAUGUGAAGCACAGUAUUUCCAGAACGUUAUGCGUGUUGGUUUUCAGCUUAGAUCAACAUUGGUGGCUGAGAUAUUUAGAAAAUCUUUGAGGCUAACACAAGAAGAUCGAAAGAAUUUCACAUCUGGGAAGCUUAUGAAUAUGAUAACAACAGAUGCGAACGCACUACAGCAAGUAUGUCAACAACUUCACGCACUGUGGUCAGCACCAUUCCGUAUCAUCGUAGCUAUGGUUCUCCUAUACCAGCAAUUAGGUGUUGCGUCCCUUCUUGGAUCACUAAUGCUAGUUCUCAUUGUCCCUCUACAGACAUUUGUGAUUGGCAAAACGCGAAUGCUAUCAAAGGAAGGACUAAAACAGACAGACAAAAGGGUUGGUCUCAUGAAUGAAAUUCUGGCUGCCAUGGACACAGUAAAAUGUUAUGCAUGGGAAACAAGCUUUCAAUCUAGAAUUCAGAGCAUACGAGAUGAAGAGCUAUCAUGGUUCCGCAAAGCACAGCUUGUAUAUGCUCUCAACUCUUUUAUAUUAAACAGCAUGCCAGUUCUUGUGACAGUGACCACAUUUGGAAUGUUUACUUUACUUGGUGGAGAAUUGACACCUUCAAGGGCAUUUACCUCGCUAUCUCUGUUUUCAGUUUUGCGGUUUCCUUUAUAUAUGCUUCCAAGUUUACUAAGUCAGAUAGCAAAUGCAAAGGUCUCCUUGCAGCGUUUGGAGGAACUGUUCUUGGCUGAGGAGCGAAAUUUAAAACAAAAUCCACCUAUUGUACCAGGACUUCCUGCCAUCUCAAUUAGUAAUGGAUACUUUUCAUGGGAUCCUAAGGCAGAGAAGCCUACAUUAUCAAAUAUCAAUUUGGAAAUACCAAUUGGCAGCUUAGUUGCAAUUAUUGGUGGUACUGGAGAAGGGAAAACAUCACUUAUUUCAGCAAUGAUUGGAGAGCUACCUCCAUUAGCAGAUGCAAAUGCUACAAUCAGAGGCACUGUUGCUUAUGUUCCUCAGGUUUCAUGGAUUUACAAUGCUACAGUUCGUGAAAAUAUAUUAUUUGGAUCAAAAUUCGAACAUGAAAGAUAUUGGAAGGCUAUCGACGUCGCUGCUUUACAUCAUGAUCUCAACUUCCUACCUGGACGUGAUUUAACAGAGAUUGGAGAAAGAGGAGUGAAUAUUAGUGGUGGACAAAAGCAAAGAGUUUCCUUAGCUAGGGCUGUAUACUCGAAUUCGGAUGUGUAUAUAUUUGAUGAUCCUUUGAGUGCUCUUGAUGCUCAUGUUGCACAGGAGGUUUUCGGCAACUGUAUAAAGGAAGGGCUGCGAGGAAAAACCAGGGUUCUUGUCACCAAUCAACUACACUUUCUCCCUCAGGUGGAUAAAAUUAUUCUGGUUAGUGAAGGCAUGAUUAAGGAGCAGGGAACCUUUGAGGAGUUGUCAAAAUGUGGGCAUCUAUUUCAGAAACUAAUGGAAAAUGCAGGGAAAAUGGAACAUCAAGCAGAUAGUAACGAAGAUAGAGAUAGUCAUGAUAACGAUUUACCCUUAAACAAUGAGGCAAUUGUAGAGUUACCAAAUGGUGCAAGCUAUGAAAAGAAGGGAAAAUUACAAAAAUCAGUACUUGUUAAGAAAGAAGAGCGGGAGACAGGUGUGGUUAGCUGGAAAGUUAUAACGAGGUACAAAUCUGCUCUGGGAGGACUGUGGGUAGUUCUCAUACUCUUUGGAUGCUAUACGUUAACAGAAGUUCUUCGAAUUUCAAGUAGCACAUGGUUAAGCGUUUGGACAUCUCAAGAUUCUGCUGCAGCUGAUGAAACAGAAUAUUUUCUUUUCAUCUAUGCACUUUUCUCAUUUGGACAGGUAACUGUGACACUUGCAAACUCUUAUUGGUUGAUCAUUUCAAGUCUUCGCGCUGCCAAAAGAUUGCAUGAUGCCAUGCUAGAUAAAAUCCUGAGCGCUCCAAUGAUAUUCUUCCAAACCAACCCUGUUGGUCGCAUAAUUAAUAGGUUUGCAAAAGACACGGGAGAUAUAGAUAUGUAUGUUUUUGCGUUGGUGAAUGGGUUUCUGGGGCAAGUGUGGCAGUUAGUUUCGACAUUUGUUCUUAUCGGCACAGUGAGCACCAUAUCCCUGUGGGCCAUAAUGCCACUACUUACCAUCUUUUAUGCAGCUUAUAUUUAUUACCAGAGCACAGCUCGAGAGGUGAAGCGCUUGGAUUCCAUUACAAGAUCUCCUGUUUAUGCGCAUUUUGGGGAAUCAUUGAAUGGUUUGUCAAGCAUUCGCGCUUACAAAGCAUAUGAUAGGAUGGCACAGAUCAAUGGAAAAUUCAUGGAUAACAACAUAAGAUUCACUCUUGUCAACAUUAGUUCGAACCGGUGGUUGACCAUAAGGUUAGAAUCAUUAGGAGGCCUCAUGAUUUGGUUGAUAGCAACAUUCGCUGUCCUGCAAAAUGGAAGAGCUGAAAACAAGGCAAUGAUUGCGUCUUCAAUGGGCCUACUUCUCAGUUACACUUUGAACAUAACAAAUCUCUUGAGCGGUGCCCUCAGACAAGCAAGCAGAGCUGAGAACAGUCUAAAUGCGGUUGAGCGCGUUGACACCUAUAUAAAUUUAGAAUCCGAGGCUCCAGGUAUAGUUGAGGAAAACCGUCCACCACCAGGAUGGCCGACAACUGGAUCGAUUGAGUUUGAGAAUGUUGUUCUCACAUACAGGCCUGAACUUCCUCCAGUUCUGCAUGGAGUGUCUUUCACAGUAUGUCCAACUGAGAAGAUAGGGGUAGUUGGAAGAACUGGUGCAGGAAAGUCUAGCAUGCUUAAUGCGUUAUUCCGGAUUGUGGAACUACAAAGAGGAAGAAUCACUAUUGAUGGUUGUGAUGUUUCGACAAUUGGACUAGCAGAUCUGCGAAAAGUUCUCACCAUCAUACCGCAAUCGCCAGUUCUGUUCUCUGGAACUGUUCGCUUCAAUCUUGAUCCAUUUAAUGAACACAAUGAUGCUGACCUAUGGGAAUCUUUAGAAAGGGCGCAUUUGAAGGAUGUAAUUAGAAGAAAUCCACUUGGCCUAGAUGCUCAGGUUUCAGAGGGAGGAGACAAUUUCAGUGUUGGACAGAGGCAACUCAUAAGUCUAGCAAGAGCAUUGCUACGAAGAUCAAAGGUUCUUGUCCUGGAUGAAGCUACUGCUGCUGUAGAUGUUAGAACAGAUGCCCUUAUCCAGAAAACUAUCCGACAAGAAUUCCAGUCUUGCACCAUGCUCAUCAUUGCACACAGAUUAAAUACAAUUAUUGACUGCGAUCGGAUUCUGUUGCUUGAUGCUGGCCGGGUUCUUGAAUAUGGUUCACCAGAGGAGCUCUUAAAAAAUGAAGAAAGUGCAUUCAAUAAGAUGGUUCAAAGCACUGGACCUGCAAAUGCUGAGUAUUUAUGUAGCCUAGUGUUUGGAAGGACAAAGAACAAUUCUGGUGAAUAUAACAAGGGGCAAGAAAGCCACACGAGACAGUUAGCUUUUACCCAUUGGGCUGCUGCUACCAAGUUUGCCAUAGCUUCUACCCUUUCUUCUGUACACAAUAACCUUCAAAAGCCUAGUUCUAAGGAGAAUAAAGAUUUCCUUGAUGAAACAAAGGAUGCAGUGACAACACUUCAGGAAGUUCUAGAGGGGAAGCAUGAUGAAGCCAUAGAAGAGACACUGACUAAAUUCCAUGUUCCAACAUAUAGAUGGUGGUCCACCCUCCAUCAAGUUAUUGAAGGUCUUGCUAUCUUGAUCAGGUUGCCUCCAGACAACAUUCAACAAUUAGAACCUGAUUUUGAAGGAAGAUCCUUUGACUAACACAUUUUGAGAUAUGAAGAGAGGAGUAAUUAUAUCCAAUCACAUCUCGAUCUAAAGGACAGUUGCAAUCACAAAGAUCCCUUAGAUUUUCCCCCCUCUAUAAUUCUAUCCUCUUUUUGUAUUUUUUUUUUACAUUUUCUAUUUUCCCUCGUGUUAACAGGUUACUUUCCUCAGGAAGAAAAUUGAGUUAUCCAAUUCAACACACGUUAUUCUAUAGGACCUGUAUAACUCAAGUGGAAUGGAGCACGAGUAUCUAAUUAUAUGGUACUUAGUUAUAUAUAGUAAAUCUAAUGGUCAUGAGUUAUUAAUCCA